AUGGGCUCUCUUGGCUGCUGGUUACCCCUGGCUGCGGAUUUCUUAUAUUGCACUUUCUUAUAUACUUAUGCAUCCUACCUACAUAUACAGGAUGCUGGGCGGAGCGCCUCGGAAACGCCGUUUUGGGAAAUCUUCGACUUCACGCUCAACAUAACGACAACGACGGCGACAGUGGACAAUGACAACCCAGAAUAUUCUACGAGCACUAAACUCGCUGUCGAAGCCAUCCCUUGGUUACAGCAAGGAGAAUCCACCGACGUGCCCGGCCUACAGGACGUCAUCACUCUCUGCUUCUACCCCAGAGUUAAGUCACGCUUGCGGCGGGAACAGCGUUAUCUCGCCCGCUUCGCUUCGACCCAGGCAAGGGCCCAAACCCAUGGCAUCCGUAUAACUGAUAUACGAAGGACCAUACUACUAUGUAAUACGGGGAGAGCUCAUUUCAAGGACUGGGGAACACGAUCUCGAUCCUCUCGGCAUGCUCUCCAGGAAGAGUUAAUCUACGCCAGCCCGUCGCCCAAAUGUCACCUCAAGAAAGUCCCAGAACUCGCUAUAUCCUUGCUUGCUCCUCGUGACGACAGUUGGACCGCAAUUAAAAGCUGGGCGAAAACUUCGAGAAGGGAGGCCAAAGGGAGAUUUCCAUAA